AGUCCUGGAUCUGAAGGAUGCGUAUUUUCAUAUUUCAAUUUUCCCUGAACACAGGAAAUUUUUACGUUUUGUCUAUGGGCAACGUGUCUUUCAAUACAAUGUUUUACCCUUUGGGUUGGCCACUGCACCUAGGGUGUUCACCAAGUGUGUGGCAGUAGUGGUGGCUCAUUUACGUCUCCAGGGCUGCCAGAUCUUUCCUUAUCUGGAUGACUGGCUCUUGGUUGGUGAUUCUGCUGACUCUGUGUCCAAUCAGGUGUAUCUCACCUUAAAUUUAUGUUUACGCCUGGGUCUUUUUGUUAAUCAGAAGAAGUCCAAGUUGACCCCGGUGCGCUCCAUCCAAUUUAUUGGAGUGGUUUUGGAUGGUGUUCGGGAUGCAGGCUUCUUGCCUUCAGAGCGUGCUGCAAAAAUUAAGAGGCUUAUUUCGACCCUUCAGAGGUGUCGUUUCCAAUCUGUUCGCUUUAUCCAGACCCUUUUGGGUUGCAUGGCUUCUACUACGGCUGUGGUUCCGCUGGCCAGGUUAUUUAUGCGACCCUUCCAAUUGUGGUUCAAUUCAGUAUUCUCACCGGCCCGUGAUUCUCAAAAUAGGAGACUUUCCGUCCCUAGGGGGGUGCUGUCCUCCCUGGAGUGGUGGCGGGAUGAUGCUAAUUUAUUUAAAGGGAUGGAGUUUGGUUUUCACCAAACUCAUCUGUCCGUAACUUCCGAUGCUUCCCUUUUCGGUUGGGGGGCUCACUGUGCUGGCCUUUAUGCCCAUGGGUUAUGGUCUGAAUCUGAACGUGAGGAACAUAUUAAUGUUCUUGAGUUGCGGGCAAUUUUAUAUGCAUUGAUCUCCUUUACAGAUGUCGUGCGGAACAAGUCCGUUCAGGUCCUGACCGACAACACGACGGCGAUGUUUUACAUCAACAAGCAAGGUGGCACGGCGUCUGUGGCUCUCUGCACAGAGGCGAUGAGACUCUGGAAGUGGGCCAUAGAUCAUGCUGUCUGGCUGCAUGCAGUUCACAUCCCGGGGGUACAGAAUUCCAUGGCGGACCACCUGAGCAGGCUCCACAGGGAAAACUACGAGUGGUCCCUCCAGGACAAGUAUCUCGCCCCUAUCUUCUCGGAAUGGGGGACUCCGGAGUUGGACCUGUUUGCGACUGUGGAAAAUCGCAAGGUCCUAGCUUAUUGUUCCAGAGGAGGAGUAGGCCCAGAAUCAAGUGGGGACGCGUUUCAGUUAAGUUGGUCAGGUCCCCUGUGUUAUGCCUUCCCUCCGUUCCCGCUUCUGGCACGGGUCCUCAGCAAGAUCCAGAGGGACAGAGCGUCCGUCAUCCUGGUGACCCCGUAUUGGCCGAGGCAACCAUGGUUUCACUCCCUUCUGAGUCUACAGACUCAAUCGAUCCGUCUCCCGGUGGUUCCCGAUCUCCUGACCUGCGGGGGGGUUCUUCACCACGACAUCAGGAGACUCAAACUCACAGCGUGGUUGAUCAGGCCGGGGCUGCCUUCUCCGAGGCUGUGACUAAUGUUCUCUUAAAUGCUAGACGUUUGUCUACCAGGCAGUCUUAUGCCCUUAAGUGGGACAAAUUUUCUGUGUGGUGUAGUCGCAGGGGUUUGGAUCCUUUUGAGUCCACCCUUUCUGAGAUUUUGGAUUUUUUGUGGGAGGUAAAGCAAGAGGGUUUGGCCAACUCCUCAGUCAAGGUUUAUCUGGCAGCCAUCUCUGCCUUUCACCCUCCAGUGGAUAGAAAGUCUGUUUUUUCCCACUAUUCUGCCAAAUUAUUUUUGAGGGGAUUGAAUAAUUUGUUUCCCCCUGUGCGGGCUUUGGUCCCUCAGUGGUCGUUGCCCCUGGUUCUGACUCGUUUGAUGUCUAAGCCGUUUGAACCCUUGGCUUCCUGUCCGCUUCGUUUUUUGUCCAUGAAAGUGGCCUUUUUGGUUGCGGCUACUUCAGCCAGGAGGGUUGGGGAGCUGGCAGCGUUAUCUUGCGAGCCCCCUUAUUUGAAAUUUCACCCUGAGAAGGUCGUUCUUCGUACAAAGGUUGAGUUUUUACCUAAAGUAGUAUCCCGUUUUCAUUUAUCUCAGGAAUUGGUUCUGCCGGUUUUCUUUCCGACUCCGGCUUCUGAGGCAGAGGCGGCCCUUCAUUCUUUGGAUGUUCGCAGGGCCAUUUUAUUUUAUUUAGAUAGGGUAAAACCAUUUAGGAUUGACUCUAAUUUGUUUAUUUGUUUUGCUGGACCGAAGAAGGGUAACCGGGCUUCGGCUCAGACUAUCUCUAGAUGGGUGGUCCAGGCUAUACUGACCUGUUAUUCUGCUGCUAACCUACCUUGUCCUUUGCAAGUGCAUGCCCACUCCACCAGGUCCCAGGCGUCGUCAGCGGCUCUCUUCAGAGGUGUUCCACUCCAGGACAUCUGCAGGGCGGCGACGUGGGCCUCGGCGGAUACCUUUGUGAAGCAUUAUGCGCUGGAUAUCCUAGAUAGAAAGGAGACAGCGGUGGGCACGGCAGUUCUGCACUCCAUCUUUGAGUGAUGCUUUGGCGUCACCUCCACCCAGGGGGCGGCGAAAGAGGAACUGAGGGUAUGUGAGGGGCGCUCCGCCUCUUAAGGGCCGUUUCGGCGGGAAAGCGGCCGCGCAUGCGCGCUGAGAGGCGGGAGCGCCCCCUGGUGGUGUUUAGCUAUUAAAAUCUCCGGUAUCGGCAGGCCUGCGCGUGCGCAGUCCCAUGUGUGCCUGCA